AUGAAUAUUCUUCAUAAGAAGAUGAUUAUUGAUAAUUCGAAGGUGAACAUUGGUCCGGUUAAGACUUUUAGAUUGAUGAAGGAGUUAGUUGGAUCGUAUGAUAACGUUGGUGCAUCCAAGCAAGAUUUCAAAAAUUUUCAUAGAGAUUUGAAGGCUUACAUUGAAGGAUCGGAUGCCCAAAUGUUUGUGAAUAACUUUCAGAACAAGAAGUUGUUAUGGAGUGCAUUUUUCUUUGACUAUGAGGUGGAUGAAGACGAGCAACUUUGUAAAGCUUUUUGGGCAGAUCCAAUAUGUAGAAAGAAUUAUGCACUCUUUGGUGAUAUGGUUUCUUUUGACACCACAUUUCAAACAAAUAGGUAUAAUAUGAUAUUUGGCCCAUUUACUGGAGUUGAUCACCACAAGAAGUGUGUUACUUUUGGUGCUGCUUUAAUAGCCCAUGAGGACAUCGUGUCUUUUGAGUGGGUUUUUAGAACUUUCCUCAAGGCAAUGGGAGGUAAUGAGCCAGCUUGUUUGAUUACGGAUGAAGAUCCGGCAAUGAAAAUAGCUAUUCCUAAAGUGUUUCAGACCGCUGAGCAUAGGUUUUGUAUGUGGCAUAUAAUGAAAAAAAUGCCUGAGAAAGUCGGCCGUCAGAUUACGCAAGAUACCCUGUUUCUUAAUAAAAUUUGCAAAUGUGUUUGGAGUGAAGAGAUUGAGCCAACAGAAUUUGAAGAGAAAUGGGGAAAGGUUCUUGCUGAGUUCAAGCUUCAAGACCAUGAGUGGUUGAAGCAGUUGUAUGAGAAGCGUCAAAUGUGGAUCCCAGCAUACUUUAGAGAUUCGUUUCUAUGUGGUAUCAUGAGGACUACAUCAAGGUCAGAGAGUGAGAACAAUUUUUAUACAAAGUUUACCAAUCCCCAUCUCACUCUAGUAGAGUUUUACAUGAGAUUUGAGAGUGCAUUGGAUGCUCAAAGACAUACUCAAGGUCAAUUUGACAAUGAUUCUAAACACAAGCAUCCAGAAUGUAAGACUUCCUUUGCAUUAGAGAAACAUGCUUCUAAAAUCUACACUGUUUCAGUCUUUUAUGAUUUUCAAGAGGAGCUCGAGAUUGGUUGCUUUCACUGUGGACUUGAGGAGUACAAGAAAGAAAAUGGGUUUGAAAUCUUUACCAUUAGAGAAGGAUGUAGAAUAAGAAAGUUCGAUGUUAGUUUUAACCCGGCUAACCUAGAUAGUAAGUGUAUGUGCAAGAUGUUUGAGAGGUUAGGGAUUCCUUGUAGGCACAUGGUUUGGGUGUGGAAGGCAAAGAUGAUUGAGUAUAUUCCUGAUGCUUAUGUGCUAAAUAGGUGGACUAGUUUGGCAACUAAAACAUUAACGAAAAACGUCAAAUGGUAG